GCUGAGCCAAAACGAAAAAUCUCGAAAGAGGAAAUACCCGCAGUCGGCGGGUCUGGUUUCUUCCGGCCCGCCUUUGACGACUAGCUGUCCGUAACGAGACACCGCAGAGGCCUGUGAUGGCAGAAGCGGAGCAACAGGAGAAGAUUCCGGGUCUGACCGAGCAAUGGUUACUCGUUGAUAAAGAUGAGCUGGACGAUCAUAGCGAUACUUCCAAACAAGGAACUGAGGAAAUUGAUGCAAAGAAAAUUGAUCAAGCCCCAGUUUCAGUGGAGAUUGCUCCUACUGCAAGGGAGAAAGGUGCAAACCCUAACCCAGAGGGAGAAAUAACAACAGUGGAGGAAAAACAAGAAGUGAAGGAAAAUUCCCCUAUCACAAAGGAAAACAGCGUUGCCGCUGAACAAAACACAGAACCAUCAGAGGAAGUAGAAGAAAAGCAUGAACCUGUGGAGACUACCUCUACUGCAGUGGAGAAUAAUGAAAACCCUAGCUCAGAGACAGAGCAAGUGCAAGAAGAAGAAAACGAAGAGGCCAAAGAAGAAACUCCAUUGAUCAAGCUUGAGACUGCCCCAGCUGAUUUCCGCUUCCCAACCACAAACCAAACGAGGCAUUGCUUUACCCGCUACAUCGAGUUUCAUAGGUGCAUAAAUGCUAAAGGUGAAGGAGCACCGGAGUGUGAAAAAUUUGCAAAAUAUUACAGAUCUCUAUGCCCUGGUGAAUGGAUUGAACGAUGGAAUGAACAGAGGGAGAAUGGUACCUUUCCCGGCCCUCUGUAGAAUCUGCUAAUCAUAUGUGUACAAUGCAACUCCUGCUGCUGUGGGUGGAUAAAUAGCAGUUUCUGUGAGAGAUGACGCAUCGCAAGGACGGUAUUUAUUUCCGAGUAAUUUUUUGUUCGAAUAAAAAAAAUUUUGUUCGGUUCAAACGAAAUGACUUGACACAUUCUCAUCCUACUCCCCGCUAAUCCACAAAUUUGGCAAACAAGAAA